AUGGCUGACCUGACACCACUGCCAUCUGCUUCAUCAAAGCUGCGAGCUAUGCUUGCAGAAGACAAUGCUAUUGUGGUCUGUCCCGGUGUCUACGACGGCUUUACAGCUAGACUUGCGAUUAAGACUGGAUUCAAUAUUUUGUAUAUGACUGGAGCUGGGACUACAAUGUCAAGACUUGGCGCUGCUGAUUUAGGGCUCGCUACCAUGAACGAUAUGAGAGAUAAUGCUACAAUGAUUGCAAAUAUCGAUCCCAAGAUUCCCGUGAUUGCAGAUGCAGAUACAGGUUAUGGUGGUCCAUUGAUGGUCGGUCGUACGACAGCCGCUUAUAUAAACGGCGGAGUAGCAGCAUUCCAUCUGGAAGACCAAGCCACUACCAAACGCUGCGGUCACCUGUCUAAUAAGCAACUCGUUCCAGCGUCAACAUUCAAUUCCCGCAUUCGUGCAGCAGCAGCGACCCGUACACAGCUAUCCCGUGACAUCGUCAUUAUCGCCCGUACUGACGCGUUAGCCGACCACGGGUACGAUGAAGCCGUGUCUCGUCUCAAAGGAGCUGUCGAGUGCGGUGCGGAUGUAGCAUUCCUCGAAGGUGUACGUUCUGCUGAGGAAGCUCGUAAGUUCUGCGCGGAGAUGAAAGAGCUUGGAGUACCAGCUUUGUAUAACUGUGUACCUGGGGGCGUUAGUCCAUUAUUCGAUGUUCAGCAGGCGAAAAAUUUAGGGUACAAAAUUGUUAUCACUCCGACGUUAGCAUUGGGUGCGGUAUAUGAGGCUGUCGGCAAAGCUUUUAAGGACUUGAAGGAGGCCGGUGAGACAAAAGGCAAUGCGGUGGCUGUUAGGGAUCUUUUUGAGAGUUGUGGGUUGAAAGAGGCGGUGGAGUUUGAUCAGAGUUGUGGAGGAAAGGGUUUUGAGAAUGGCGCAUGA